UCCACGCUGCCAGACACACAUAUAGCCAUUGCUCGGUCGUUGGUUGGGGUAAAUAUUGCGAUUAGACUUAAGCCAACAGCCGUGACGGGAUGGAGUCUUGGCUAAAGAUAUCGUGUGUGCUCUGCAUAUUCGGAUUCCUUCGGGAAUUAAAGCCUUCAGAGCCCUAUCACGCGGAGAUCCUGAUGGGCGAAUGGUAUCAUGUAACGCAGGACGAGGUCAACCGAUCUGUCUACCCGGUGGGCACCUACUCCUACCUGGCACUUUUAAUCUUUGUCUUCCUUAUAACGGACUUACUGAGAUACAAGCCCGUGAUCAUAGCAAAUGCUAUUACGGGAAUCUGUAUCUGGGGAACUUUGAUAUGGACUACUACUUUGAGAGGCCUUCAGACGGUGGAGGUGUUCUAUGGCUUUUACCAGGCGGGCGAGGUGGCCUACUAUUCGUACAUCUACGCUAAGGUGGAUAAACAAUACUAUCCUAGGGUGACUUCACAUACCCGGGCAGCAAUGUUUAUUGGUAAAUUGGUAGCUGGACUCCUCGCCCAACUGGUGAUCGGAAUGCGAUGGAUGAACUACAAGCAACUGUUUUACAUCUCCGCGGGCACUCAAGUUGUGGCGCUAGUUUGGGCCUUCGGUUUGCCGAAGGUGGAAAAGAGUUUGUACUUCCAUAAUCGAACUGAAGCCAUACAAGAUGAAAGCAAAUCAGAUGAUAGAGGCUUGGAGAAGGGUUCACAAAACAAUCCAAAUGAAGCGGAACCAAAAACAACGCCAAGUCCAAGUAAGAAAAUCAAACCGUGGCAGCUUCUGUGGUCGCAUUUCCGUAGUGCCUAUACCAAUCCCUUGGUUAUACAAUGGAGUUUAUGGUAUGCUAUAUGUCUGUCCGGAUUUCUACAAAUCACAACCUAUAUGCAGGUGGUUUGGAAGUCCUUUGAAAAUGAACCAACGAUUGCUUGGAAUGGAGCUGUGGACGUUGCCCUGACGCUUCUGAGUGCAGUCUUCGCCCUCCUCGCCGGAUACUUCCAUGCUGGACGUUUGAAGACCAGGAGCAGCCUGCUCUCGAUGGCUCUGCUAUCGAUACUUGAAGGUUGUUGCAUACUUCUUUCUUGCUGGACCGAAAAUAUAUACCUAUCCUACCUCGGUUAUGUGCUUUAUGGAGGUUUAUUCGCUUUUUCUAUAACGGUGGCCAGUUCGGAAUUGGCCAGUAGUUUAAUAGAAGACAGUUUCGCCCUGGUUUUCGGUUUCAACACAUUUGUGGGUCUUAUCCUACAGUGCAUCUUGACGUUUGUUGUUGUCUCGGAGAAAGUCAAUCUUAACCUAGACGUUUUUCAGCAGUUUACAGUCUACGCCUUCUAUUUUAUAAUUAUAGGAGUGGUUUAUUUUAUUGCUGUUCUGAUGCAAUAUCUGUGGUCGUGUUCGGCGAAACCAAAAACAAUUCAAGAUGAAAACUAAUCAACAAUUUUAGUUAAAUGGAGAUAAAUAAUAUUAUGAAUAUUUGUAAUGGUUAUAGCAAAAAUCUGAACUAGUUCCUAAUUAAGAAAAUAAUCGUUUUAAUAUCAUUUGUUUUCGAUUUUAAAUCCCAAAUAUUUCCAAAUGUAAACCACUAAAAUAUCGUAAAUAUUAAUUUUAUUAUAAAUUUUAUUUUGGUGUGAAAUGAAAUGAAGUACUUAUUCCUAAUCACAGUGUACCAUGUACAUCAUAUGGCCACCAAAAACAUAAUAAAGUUAUCAAACUUGAUGA